ACUUCCUUUACAGUGACGCGUCUAGUGACUGCAACUUGGGAGGCAGCAUGGGCCAUUCGAGCCUCGCCCGCCUUGCCGACCUCCUCCAACGUUGCAUCGGCAAACGAUGUCAUCUCAAAGGUAGAGCCGCCCACGCCCACAUCCUCGCCGUCGGCCUCUCCGCCGACACCUUCCUAUCCAACCGCCUCAUCGAGCUCUACGCCCGCUGCCACCGCCUCGACUACGCCAUCAACGUCUUCCGGUCCAUCCCUUUCCCCAAUGUCUACUCCUGGAACGCUGUCGUCUCCGCUUGCUCCAAAUCCGGUGACUUGGAGCUGGCACGCCACCUGUUCGUGCAAAUGCCUGAUAAAAACGUUGUGUCCUGGAAUACAAUGAUCGGCGCCUUGGCUCGCGGUGGUUUCGAGGAUGCAGCCUUGGAUUUGUACUAUUCCAUGGCGAGGAAAGGACUUCAGCCAUCCAACUUUACCCUUGCCAGUGUCUUGAGCGCCUGCGGUUGUCUCAUGGCUUUGUCCGAUGGCCGCAGGUGCCACGGGCUCGCCGUCAAGAUAGGACUCGAUGCGAAUUUGUUCGUGGAGAAUGCUCUGCUUGGAGUGUAUGCAAAAUGUGGGAGCACAGAUGACGCAUUUAAAGUGUUUUAUGCUAUAUCGCAGCCUAAUGAGGUCUCAUUCACCACCAUGAUGGGUUGCAUGAUGCAGGGCGGCUCUGUUGGGCAUGCAGUUAGGUUGUUUGGGAAAAUGCACAAGGGUGGAAUAAACAUUGAUCCGGUUGCUGUGUCGAGUGUCUUGAUUGCUUGUGCUAGAGCAGAAGAGGAUGAACACUAUCCUUAUAAUUAUGGUUUACUGCUUGGUCAAUCAAUACAAGCUCUUGCAAUUAAAUAUGCCUUUGAAACAGAUCCUCAUGUUGGCAACUCAUUGAUUGAUAUGUAUGCCAAAACUGGGAACAUUGAUGAAGCUGAGUUGGCUUUUCGUACACUGCCAAGCAUUACGGUUGUUUCAUGCAAUGUUUUGAUAGCUGGAUAUGGUCAGCAAGGUAACAGAAAAAAGGCUAUGGACUUGUUAGAGCUGAUGCAGCAACAUGGAAUUGAACCAGAUGAGGUCACUUACGUCAGUUUGCUUGCUGCAUGUGUGAAGGCUAGGGACAUUGUGUCAGCUCAAGAGAUAUUUGAUAAAAUACCAGAACCAGAUGUUAGAUCAUGGAAUGCUAUACUAUCUGGAUACUGCCAGGAAGAUAGCUAUGAUAGAGCAAUUGAGCUAUUUAGGAAAAUGCAGUUUUUAAAUGUUCUACCUGAUCGAACUACCUUGGCCCUUAUUCUUAGCUCUUCCUCAGCUAUAGGACUUCUGAACUUUGGGAAGCAAUUACAUGCUGCUUCAAUAAGGAUUUUUCGUCAUGAUGACUUAUUUGUUGCAAGUGGACUGGUGGAUAUGUACUCAAAAUGUGGACAUAUUGUGGCUGCAAAGCAGGUUUUUGAUAGGAUGUCAGAGAGGGAUGUUGUGAGUUGGAAUGCGAUGAUAACUGGAUUUGCACAUAAUUCUCAUAACAAAGAAGCCUUUUCUGUUUACAAGAGGAUGUGUCAAAAUGGCUUCUAUCCUACUGAAUCUUCCUAUGCAAGUGUGGUAAGCUCAUGUGCUAGACUGUCACCCUUGCCUCAAGGUAGGCAGAUACAUGCCCAUACAACAAAAGAUGGUUAUGAGAGUCAUGUAUAUGUCGGGAGUGCUUUGAUAGAUAUGUAUGCUAAAUGUGGUGAGGUAGACGAAGCACGUCUAUUCUUUGACACCAUGAUGACUAAGAAUGUUGUUUCAUGGAAUGAGAUGAUACAUGGGUACGCACAAAAUGGUCAUGGUGAGAAUGCAGUUGAACUCUUUGAACUCCUGCUAAGUACUGAUGAGAAACCAAAUAGUGUGACCUUUGUAGCUGUUCUUGCUGCAUGCAGUCAUGCUGGGAUGGUUGACAAAGCGAUCAGAAUCCUUCAUACAAUGAAAAAGGACCACGACAUUGAGCCGCUGGUUGAUCACUAUACAUGUGUAAUUGACUCUCUUGGCCGUGCUGGUCGCCUUGUUGAAGCUGAAGAACUAGUAGACAAGAUGCCAUACACAGAUGAUCCUAUCCUGUGGGAAGUUUUGCUUAGUGCUUGUGCGGUACAUGGAAAUGCUAAUCUUGGGAGACAUGCUGCAGAACAUCUUUUUCAGAUUGAUCCCUCAAAUUCAUCACCGUAUGUACUUUUGUCCAACAUAUAUGCUUCUUUAGGUAGAUGGGAUGAUGCAUCUGCUAUCAGGGCAUUGAUGAGUGAUCGAGGGGUAAAGAAGAAUCGUGGGUAUAGUUGGAUAGACAAUAAGAACGGAGUUCGUGCCUUCAUGGUUGAUGAUGAUCAGCGGGUGAUUGAAUCUGAUGGAAAAAGCGUACAUUUUGGUUGAAAUGAAUUGACCUGAAACUGAUAAUCAUGAUUAAUGAUGAUCAGCGGGUGAUUGAAUCUGAUGAAAAAAGCGUACAUUUUGGUUGAAAUGAAUUGACCUGAAACUGAUAAGUCUUUAGGUGCAUCUCAUCAUGAUAGAAGAAGAGAUGCUUUCUGCAGUGCUGUCAAACUUGUGGCAAGUUCCAAGGACAGUCGGAAAAUGUCCACUGCGGUGAAUGCUAGUUCUACUUGUUAGUUUGGUAUACUGACUUUCUAACAACAAUCAUACUCCAAUACAAAGGAGAUGAAACGUCACAGUCGUAAUAAAACUUACCCCUCACAUGAGCGCAGAAUAGCAUUGAUCUGAACUCAGAGUUUGCUUGGAUAUCAUGGUUGAUUUAAUUGGAGUUUAAAGAGAAACUAUUUGUAAUUGUAAUGGAGAAGUCAAAGGAUCUUGCAGUGUUGUGUAACCUGAUUUGUUAAAUAUGACAAUUUAAUAAUAAUAAUAAAAAUAAUAAGUGUU